AAUCCAACUCUGUGGCCUUCCAAAAUUUCACAAGAUAAUAUGAUAUCCGACUCUUAUUAUUAUAACAUCAUUUUCUUCCUCCUCUUCUACACUCCCCAAUUCCCCUUCCCUCUUUCAAAACUGUCCCCAUUUCCUGUCUUUCCAAACAGUUCUUUUCUUCCUUUUCUUUUCCUGUACUGUGCCAAUGGAAAGUGCUGCUGCAACAAGGCCACUUGGCAGCAGCAACCACACUUUUAGAAACCCACACAACAAUUCACAUUCUGCUGCUUCUUCUUCCUCCUCUUCUCGCCAUCACCAUGGCAGCCUUUCACCAACUUCGGUUCUGGUCAUUGCAGUCUCAGCCAUCUCUGUGGUGGUGGUGCUGCUUGUGGUGGUAGCCAUUGUCCUGCUGAGGAAGCUGAGAGCUGAUCAUGUCAGCAGAGCAGCCAGCUUUAAGGAAAGCAAUGGGAGCAUCAGCAGCAGCAUUAAUCAUGUCGUCGUUCAUCGCAAUGGCAGUCAUCGAUUCGUGCCUCGUAGUUCCUCCACCGCCACCACCAUCAACUUCAACUCAAGCCCUGAUGUGGGAGGUGGAUGUCUGAGUACAAGCAACAUGGGACAUAAAACUCCAACCAGGCACAGGAGAGGAGUGGUUCAAGUGUUCACAUACAGAGAGCUCGAGACUGCAACAGGCAACUUCAAUGCAGGAAAUGUGAUUGGGAAUGGUGGAUAUGGCGUUGUGUACAGAGGGAUUCUCAGCGAUGGGACGGUGGCUGCAAUUAAGAUGCUCCAUAGAGAAGGGAAGCAUAGUGAACGUGCCUUCAGGAUAGAGGUGGAUCUGCUGAGUAGGCUUCAUUCAACUUACUUGGUUGAGUUACUGGGCUACUGUGCUGAUCAGCACCACAGGCUGCUGAUAUUUGAGUUCAUGCCCAAUGGAACCCUCCAGCAGCACCUCCAUCACACACAAUAUCACCCAUUGAAUUGGGGGACCCGGCUUAGGAUAGCCCUCGAUUGCGCUAGGGCACUCGAGUUCCUCCAUGAACAUGCAGUCCCGGCAGUGAUCCACCGUGACUUCAAGUGCAGCAACAUACUGCUAGAUCAUAACUUCAGGGCCAAGGUCUCUGAUUUCGGGUUGGCCAAGACCGGUUCAGACAAGAUCAAUGGUCAGAUCUCGACCCGGGUUUUGGGGACCACUGGUUACCUUGCACCAGAGUAUGCUUCAACUGGUAAACUUACUACCAAAUCAGAUGUCUACAGCUAUGGAGUGGUUCUGUUGCAGCUCUUAACUGGGCGAAUACCGGUCGACAUCAAGAGGCCUCCAGGAGAGCAUGUUCUUGUUUCCUGGGCUCUUCCAAGAUUGACCAACAGAGAACAGGUGGCAGGAAUGGUUGACCCAGCAUUGGAAGGACAAUACUCAAAGAAGGAUUUGGUUCAGGUAGCUGCUAUUGCAGCAAUGUGUGUGCAACCAGAAGCAGAUUAUAGGCCCCUAAUGACAGAUGUCGUGCAAUCACUAAUCCCUCUAGUGAAAAACCUAUCUUCUUCAGUUUCUUCAUCAGCAAGAUUCCAGAACCAGAUAAGCCCCAGGGAAGGAUCAAUGAUGUCUAAGAAGAACGAUGUGAGCCACAGAGCACUAUUUUUAUGCUAAUAAUAACGAGAGAAAGAUCUUCCAGAGAAGAACAAGAUGACCUCAAAUUCAUUCUUUCCUAGCUAAUUUUUCCAGAGAGAUUUAUGCAAGUUCACAAGAGUGCCUGAAGGGCUAAUGGGUUGAAUACUUGAAUUUGGUACAUAAAGCUGUAAUCUUUUAUUCUCUUUCUUCCAAUACCAAUAUAAUUUUUUGUAAGAAUAACAAAAAGGAAAUUUCCUGCUGGGGUUCAAACAGAGAGAGAUUGUUCAUAGAGCAACUCUACAGGAAAACUGUUGCAUUCAACCUUCUUAUUUGUUACAAGAAAGAGUUAAAAAAACUCAUUUCGUUCCUGUUUUUAGUUUUUUUAACAAAGUGCUUCUCAGCCUAUUAUACUAAUAGUAAGCAAUUUCUUUUGCUUUCUGUUUUGUACCCGUCUUUCUGGAUAACACAAGUAGAAAAUCUUCUUACACAGCUAGAGAACUAUCUGGACUAAAUACAUAUAGAAUAAAGUC